GGGUGGGGGGGCUCAAAGCAUAUCCCCGGCGGCUCGCUGCCGGGGCGACUCCGGCAACGCAGAGCUAUAACGUAGCAGCAUGGCCCGGCGCAGCACGUCGCCGAGCGCCGGCUCCGUGGGAGGGACCUCCGACGACCUGGAGCACUUGCACGGGCAGGCGGCAGACGGCCGCAGGGGCUCGCUCGGCAGGAGGCGACUCUUCACGGACGCCUCGCACGCGUCCGAGGACUCCGACCGCGGCGGCGGCGCCGUGCACCAGCCCAACGCGCGCGAGGAGGUCGAGGAGCGGGACCGCACGGACCACAGGUGUUUUCGUGUCACCGCGAAGGCCGUGGGCUUCGCGCUCACAACGAUAGCGGCCCCGAUUCUCUGCCGACGCUACGGCCUGCCCAUACCCCAGCGCUGCGGUGUCCUCUUCGCCUCGGUGCUGCUCCUCAACCUGACCGAGUCGCUGCCUCUCUACUGCCUCUCGCUCUUCGUGCCGGUGCUGGGCACUCUCGACGGGGUGCUGGGAGAGAAGCGCGGCAUCCCUGAGACAGCCACCUUACUGGUGUCGAACUUCUUCACGAACGUCUCCUUCCUGGUGCUCGGGGCCUUGGUGACCAAUGGCAUCUUCGCCAAGUGCCGCAUUGACCAGCGAAUGAUUCGGUGGUUGCUGCUGAAGGUGCCGAUACAGAGUGGCUUGUUUCUGCUCCUGCUCAUGCUGGGCACAACGGCAGUGGCGUCUGUGCUGUACUCCGCUUCGUUGAUGCUCUUUGCUUCAUUGAGGGGCUUCCUCUGCCAGGAUGCGGGUAGAGCAUCAGUCCCAGUACCAGUGGUUAAGCGCAUUCUUUUAGGGGUCGCGUUUGCUUCCAACGCCGGUUCAACGUGGCUGCCCAUAUCGAGUCCUGUUAAUUUGGUCGCAAUGGGACUGCUAGGCAAUUUCGACAAGCGACUGACAUCGACGGAGUGGGCAGUCUUCGCAGUACCAGUAUCCACCAUUACGGUGAUGGGCUCGUGGGCUGUGCUGAUGAUGUGCUUUCCCCUGCAGGCCGUCCAGGAGGACAAGGAUGAGAAGAAGUCCUCAGUGCGGGCAUCCUUAAAACGGAGCGCUACGUUCACCGAUGCGGAGCUAAUCCAGAGUUUGCCUGAUGAUGUACCGCACGAGCAUUUCACGCCGGUGCAGGUCUUCUUCAUGGCAUUAGCUGUUAUGGCAGUACUGCUGAUCACCGCAUUCCCUCCAGAGUUGGAGAGGCUAAUCGGCCACCCUGCCAUAUUAUCGUUGUGCGUUGUGGUUGUCGUGUUCGGCAGCGGCUUCAUGACGAGGGAGGAAUUUCUGCAGCUAGACUGGGACCUGCUCUCAAUUGUCGGCGGCACGAACGUGAUGGCCUUUCUGGUUCGCGACACGGGUCUCGGAGCUACCUUGUCCGAGGUGAUUGUGAACCACCCGUACUUCGAGUAUUUGCGUUUCUGGAGCAUGUUGUGUUUGCUUGUGUGUGGCACCCUAUCAGUGUCAACGUUGCUUGGCCACACAAUGUCAGGCGUGAUUCUUCUGCCACUGAUCAUAGCCGUCGGCGUCAAGGUGCAGGCUGCACAGACCGUUGCGCUCAUUUGCACUGUGGCAGUUCCGUUUGGAAUGGGAUUCUCGCAUUCUUCCUUCGACAACGUCGCAGCCCUCACGACCUCCAUGAGUUUGAAGAAGGAAGACGCUGUGCUCACGAGGCGAGACUUCAAUCGUUCGGGCAUGCUGACGACAGUCUGGGGUGCCUUGGUACUCCUUUCAGUCGGGCCGUGGAUCGCGGAGCAGAUGUAUGGGCCGCCGCCACCCUUGGUCGUGGCAGAGAUCUCAGACACUCCCGAGGAGCUGAAGCCGAGGGUGGUCAAGGAGUCGCUGCCGGCUGAGGUGGAGCAGGUGAGGUGGCAAAAGGAUCAGCUUGCCGACUGGAACGAGUUCCUCAAGAGGCCGGAGAAGAAGGCGUUCGCCGUCGGCACGAUCAAGGGCAUGCAGACGAGAGGCUGGGCGGCCACCUGGAACCACCCCACGCAGGAAGGCGCCAACCGCGCUGCGCUGGAACACUGCGAGCAGCUCGCCGACCAGUGCCGGGUGAUCUACCCCCCGGGCCAGGACACCAAUCGAACGGGGAAGGGCUUCGACGUGCAAGGCCUGCAGCAGCCGCCCGUGGCCCACCAGGCC